AUGGGUGCCCUUGACAAUGUGCGAGGCCGCGACGAAGGCGGACGCUUCACCAGCACUGUCGUCGAUUCCGAGACUACCACGUACGAGGAGAAGCAUGCGCAUUCUGCCGACAACACCGAAGCUUCUCCCCCGGAUUAUGAGUCCAACACUAGCGACGGAUCGGAGAAUUCGUUCGGCAUUAAUGGCGUCGAGGAUGAUGUAAAGGAGGCCGAGCGUAACCCCGACCAUGUUACGACCCAGGCUAGUUUGGGUCAGCAGAAGGCCGAAGCCGCUGCUCUGGUUUGGAGCCGCCCAGUGGUGUUCGGUCUUUAUGCAUGGAUCUGGAUCUGUUUCUUCAUGCUUGCUCUGCACUCCGCCAUUAGCGGUACUCUCAUCAACUACGUCUUCUCCAGCUUCAAGUCCGCCCCGCAGGUCUCUACUUCCUACAUCCUAUCUACCAUUAUUGGUGGUGUGCUUAAGCUGCCUCUGGCCAAGACCCUUCAACUCUGGGGCCGCGCCGAGGCCUUGGUAUUCUCGACCGCCGUCUACAUUCUCGGCAUGAUCAUUCUGGCCGCUUGCAAUGGCCCAAGUGCUUUUGCCGCUGGAUACGUACUAUACUGGAUUGGCUACUACUGCAUAUACCUGAUUCUGGAUAUUUUCGUGGCAGAUACCACCGGUCUUCGUUCGCGAGCCUUUGCAUUUGCAUUUGCCUCAACACCGUUUAUUUGCACUGCAUUCACUGGUUCAUUGGCGGCAGAGCAUAUCUACAAAAAUUCCGGCUGGCGGUGGGGCUACGGAAUGUUCUGCAUUAUCCAGCCGGCCAUUUUCCUGCCCCUGGCCGGUGUCUUCAAAUUCUAUGAGAAGAAGGCUAUCAAAAUGGGUAUCUGGCAGCCUCGCAACAGCAGCCGAACCAAGAUGCAGUCGAUCAUGCACUACAUCCACGAGUUUGACGUGAUCGGCGCUUUCCUGCUUAUGUCCGCGUGGGUGAUGUUCCUGCUGCCCUUCAGUCUGACUCAGUACGGCCGCUCUCAGUACUCUAGCGCUACCUUCAUUGCCCUGGUAGUGGUUGGAUUCUGCAUGCUCUUCGUGUUCGCUGCGUGGGAGAAGUGGUUUGCCCGCACCCACUUCAUCCGCUACGAGCUGCUUCGCCGACCUACCAUCCUGGGUGCAUGUAUCUGUGCCGCCACCCUGUACUUCAGCUUCUACCUGUGGGACCAGUACUUCUACAACUUCGUCCUGAUCACCUACAACUUGGAUAUCACUUUGACUGGAUACAUGACCCAGAUCUAUAACGUUGGAUCUUGCUUCUGGUCCCCGAUUCUGGGUCUGUUUAUCUGGGCCACCCGCCGCUUCAAGUAUGUCUGCUUGUUCUUCGGUGUGCCCCUAAUGAUUCUUGGCUCCGGCCUGAUGAUCUACUUCCGUGGUGGAGAUCACGGUAUUGGCUACAUUGUCAUGUGUCAGAUCUUCAUCGCUUUCGCCGGAGGUACUCUGGUUAUUGGCGAGGAUAUGGCAGUCAUGGCCGGCGGUGGUCGUGAGGGUACCCCGAUGAUGCUGGCCCUGAUCGGUCUGUUCUCCAGCAUCGGUGGCGCCAUUGGUUAUGCUGUCUCUGCUGCAAUCUACAACAACACCUUUGUGAGCGCGCUUGCUAGCCAGCUGCCCGAUAACCUCAAGGGCAACGCCACUCAGGUUUACCUCGAUGGUAUCACCACCCAGGAUGCCUUCCCCGUGGGAUCUGUUCUUCGUGAUGCCGCCAUUCACGCCUGGGGCUACUCGCAGCGCAUGAACUGCAUAGCCUCGACCUGCGUCUUGGUCCUUCUCAUCCCAGCCGUGGCCAUGUGGAAGAACUACGACGUCGGCAAGAAGCAAAACAAGGGUACUAUGCUUUUCCAGUAA